AUGUGGCACUUUAAUCCGCCACUUGCACCUCACUUUGGAGGUGUCCAUGAAAUAAUGAUUAAAGCAGCAAAGAGAGCUAUCUAUGCAGUGAUCGGAUCGGCAGAUGUUACAGAUGAAGAACUCAUGACGGCGUUUGUAGGAGCAGAGGCGUUGAUCAAUUCCAGACCCUUAACUUACCAAUCAGCAAACCCUAACGAUGAUGUUCCAUUGACACCAAACCAUUUCCUGCAUGAGCAGGUUGGAGGUCAGUUUGCACCAGAAACUGUAGACACCACAGAGUUCAACCCACGGAAACGUUGGAGAAGAAUACAGGAGCUUGUACGACACUUCUGGCACCGAUGGAUGCGUGAGUGGUUACCAGGACUGAACUUGCGUAAAAAAAUGGACUCAGAAUUGCAGAGAUAUAUGUAA